CAAUCCAUCUCAGCUCAGCAAUCACAUUCAUCCUCCAAAGAACCACACCCUCAUCCGUGUGUCCAUCAACCAGCACAAGAGCCACAUCCCAAGAUGUCUAGCCCGGACGGAGCAACAACAACCCCACCGGCCGAAGUAAUGACAAUCGCCUCCCCCAUCAACCUCAUCCUCCUCACCCUCUUCAUCAUCCUGGUCUACGUGCAACUCCGUCCCAAGGCCCCCGUCGCCCUCCCCAAAGCGCCCCCACCCGUCGUCUUCCGCACCUUCACCCCGACCACGCUCCUGCCAUACAACGGCACCGCCGAUCAACCCGUCUACCUCGCCGUGCGCGGCCGCGUCUUCGACGUCACCCCCGGCCGCAACUUCUAUGGACCGGGCGGACCCUACGAGAACUUCGCCGGUCGGGACGCGUCGCGCGGGUUGGCGUGCCAGAGUUUCGACGAGGAGAUGUUGACCAAGGAUCUGAAGGGUCCGUUGGAUACGUUGGAGGACCUGGAUGCGGACCAGUUGGAGAAUCUGCAGUCGUGGGAGGAGCGGUUCUCGGAGAAGUACUUGGUUGUCGGGAAGUUGGUGGCUGAGGGGGAGGAGGGUGCUUAAGUUGAGUGAGACUUUGAGGAGUUUUGGGUGGUGAAUGAAGUAAGGAAGGGAUGGGUGAGGGGGAUGAAGAUCAUAGAUAGGGCGGCGGUGAUGAACAGAAGGCUGCCAAACCAGAAUGUAGGGCUGGCUUGUUUUAAGGUUGGACUGAAAGGAUGGCGUGGAUUCGGGGUGUUUUGAAAGGUACUGACAGACAGGUUGUAGGUCGGAUGAAUUAUGAUAUUAUGG